AUGAUUUGCCUUUCAUUGUACGCCCUCAUCGCCUCCGCUACGUUCCUUGCCUGCGCUCCUGUCUGCUACCGGCAGGCUACACAACAGUGCGGUCAGCCGCACAUGAUUUGCGUGUCCCUGCUGAGUCUAUUGAGUGUAGCCACAUUGAUCGCGUGCACGCCGCUCUGCAGCCGCGGUCUAUUCAACCGAAGGUGUACGUGCCCUGAAAUCCCUAUAUGCCCCGACUGUGGGACGCCUUAUUGA